GUCUCAACAAAUAUCUAGCUCGUAUCAUAAUCCAGACGUGUAAUAUUUUGUUCAAGAUAUUGUUUGAGCAAAUGGGUUCUCUAAUAGCAGGAUGGCACUCACCCACCCUUGAUCCAAAGGCAGAGGCGCUCAAGAGGAACUCUUCAUUAACGAGAGGAGAGAUUGACAAUUACUGGAGAGCAAACAAGAAACCAGAGGAAGAACACUUCAAAGCCAUUUCUGAGAUCUCAUCAGAUGGUGUUCAGGAAAGUGCGUUUGGGGACGCCGGGCAAAGGUUUGAGAGGUCGAAAUCCGCGCCUUCCGUAAAUAUAAAGGAGGAUUUCUUCCCGGACAUGAAAACGGAGAAAAUCAUCAAGAAAAGGGGAUGGUGGACUAGGAGCAACUCGGCCUUUCUGAACGACCCACCGGCCUCUACAUGAAGGUGCUUCCAACACUUACACGUCGCAGCUCCACGUGGCUAGCUUGGGCCCAUCCAAAUGAGGAGGCAGUGAGAUGGAAUUAUUAAUUACCUAAUAUUUCUCAAAGUUCAAAUACAGAAGAAUAUUGUCUAUAUGUCAUAUAUAUGCCACUAAAGGCUAAAGCUUUGAUUUACUUUUUUAUUUUUGUUUUGUGUGUAUGGCAGUUUAAUUUGGUUUUUCAGGCUUGUAAAGGAAGAGGAAAUUGUAAUUCUAUUUUCUUGGGAAUGGUUAUGCGUUUGCAUGUCACAUUAUAUAUCUUGUUUUCGCUA